AUGGAAGGUACAGCCCAGGCGGUGCUUAGAGCCAGGGGACUGCUGUGGCACUGCAGAGCUACGACGGCAGGUGACAUCACAGUCAGGGAAGCACAGACUUCUGGUGAAGUUCUAUCAGCACUGUGUCUUGCUGCUGCUGAGACACAGAGGGAAAUCGUGCAGAUGGCAAACUUGCAGCGUCAGCUGGAGGCAGCAAAGGACAAUAACAGUAAGGUGACAACAAUGCUGGAGCAUGCGUUAGCUUCUCAUAGCAAGAUGCAGGCAGUUCUGGAUGCAGUACAAACAGAGUUGGGACACAAGGACGCUGAAAUCAGCAACUGCAGAUAAGACAGGAGCCAGAGUCAGCAGAAAAUGCAGAUGUUAGAAACGGAAUUGGAACAUCACAAAGCCAAACUGUUUGCCAUGGAAAGGCAGCACAGCAGCCAGUUGGAACCACUUUCUAAGGCACUGGAAGUUGCUAGAAUGGACAAAAAGACACUUGCUCUUCAUUUGGAAGAAGUUCAGCAGGCCAAUAACGUCCUGCAGAGUAAGCUGAUCCACACUCAGUAUGACCUGAAAAGUAAAGAAGCUGAGCAUCAACAGCUGAUGGCCUGCAGGGAGCAGUUAAUGGAAAAACUUAAGACUGAGGAAAAGAUGCACAUAGAAAACGUAGAGACUUUGAAGAAGCAGUUCCAUGCUGAACAAGAGGUUUCUAGGAAGGCUGCCCAUCGAGAGUCUACUGAGGUGAAAAGGGAUAUAGUUAAAAGAUUUCAACAGACAUCUUGGUGGCCACACACAGCAAUGUCCGUACUGUCUAACUUCUUCCGUGUCCCACUGAAUAUCCUGCAACACUAUCUAAAGAAGGCUCUUCAAGGCUCAUCCUCUAAAUUUGCUGAAGUUUCCUGUGCUAACAAGGAGCUGCUGCAGAAAGUGAUAGAGCUGGAGAAGACUUUGUCCAGUUACUGGGAAAAGCUAAAAAGCCAAAGAGCUCAAGUCAAACGUUGCCUGGUCACUAAAGCUAACGCAGGGAGAAUAAAUGAGAUUGAACUGAGAGAAAUGGAAGCAAUAAAGGAGGAAUAUCAGAAGAAGAAUUACGAACAGUCACAGCACAUCCAACAAUUUGUGUCAGAGUUGAAGAGUUUGCGUAGUGAGAUGUAAAUAUUGUUGGAAAACCAACAUAAAGUGCAAGUACAGAACAGGCAGCUGGAGACCCAGCUAGAAGUGGAGAGAAGGCGAGUGCAUCAGUUGGAAAAUGAGCGUCAGAAAAAAACAACCCAACAUCUGAAGAAAUGUAAAGAGGAAAUAGAAAACCAACUGAAACAAACCAGUAUGGUGUCAGAACAGAUGACAAAUAACCUGAAAGAAGCCCAGCGCUGGUUCAAAUCAGAGUUUGACAGCCUGCAGCUAGAUCGUCUGAAAAACCACCGGCCAGUGAACUUUGAAGACAGCAGCUCCAAGGAGAUGGAGAAAAAGCAACCAGAGCUUCCCCCUUGCACCUCCCCGGAGAGCAGGAUGAGGACCCAACACCUCCAGCUCAGCACCAGGAAGGCCUAUGUGAGCUGGGCAGGAAAUGAGCUCAUUUGACUGGGUGAUUCCCAGCCCAGGGAGAGCAUCACCUGCCACUGGGAGACUCCUUGCCAGCACCCAGGUACUAGAAGAAUCAGGAACCUUACUUAUCCAAGAUAGUUUUGUAUCACUGAGAAGGUAUUGCAAAUAAAACAUACUCCUAGGACACAUAUACAGGUGACCAAGGAAUUCUUGUUU